AUGUUAAGGUUUUCAUUUAAUGAUUUAAUAGAUUCAGUAGAGAGUGAAGAUGAUGCUAAUAACGAUGAAUUGAAUAUUGAUCCAAUUGUACCUACUAAUAUAACUCACCUACAACUCCCAGAUGAUUCAAUUGAUCAAGAAUUACAUUCUUUCCUAAAUAAACUAAAAAUAUCAGAAAAUAUAAUUCCCGUGGUCAAUUCAAUCCAAUAUCAUAAUAAAUACGAUAAUAAUCGUGUUCGAGCCUUUAGUAAUAAUACUCAUAAUAAACUCAUAGGUCUUAAGGAUCACAGCUUUAUCAUUAAUGAUAACCCACAUAUCAAUAAUAAUAUCAAGUAUAAUAUUACAGAACCUAAUGACAAAAUUAUUUCAUCCGAUUUUUUAUCAAAUAUUGACAGGCUAAAACACUCUGCUGCUAAAAAUUUACAGUAUAUUCAAUUGCUUAAAAAAAAGAGGAAAGAAGAAGAAGAAGAAAAAAUGAGGGAAGAGCAAAAACAAAAGAAAAAAGAAGAGGAAGAAAGAAAGAGAAAAGAAGAACACGAAGCAAGAAUUAAAAAGGAACAAGAAGAAAAAAGAAAAUUGGAGGAGAAAGCAAACAUUUUGAAACAGAAACAAUUGGAGGAAGAGGCCAAACAUUUAAAGGAACAAGAGUUAUUGAAAAAAAGAAAUGCUACUAAGGGCGUGUAUAAUAAAAAUCAUAUUGAAACUGUUUUCAUUAAAUAUAAAAAACUGAUCACUUCAAUCAAAGAAGAUAUUGUGAUAAAGGUUAGCAAAGAUAAAAACUUGAAAACAAUAUUAUCUAAACACAAGCGUAAAAUUAAUCCUAAAUUUGGUCAAUUGACUAAUAGUAUACAACAGCUAAAUAGUGUUACUAAUCACAUUUUUGAAUUAGUGGAUCAAACUAAAAACAAUGAGUUGGGAUUUAAAUGGAUUUUAAAUUUUAUAGCCAAAGCAAUUGUAUCACAAGCAGAAACUGAAGUUGCUGUCAAACCAGAAAUUUCUGCUUUACCAUUAGCCAAAUUAACAUUAAAUUUAUUGCUCAGGUACCCAGAAUUAAAACAAUUUUUGUUAGCAAGGUUUAUUAAAAAAUGUCCCUUGGUCAUCGGAUAUACUUGUCCUAUUGACACAGAAGAAGGUAGACUAAGAAUGGGCUGGAAAAGGGUUUCUUCAAAUGAUGGUGUCAAAUGGGAAGAUUCAUCCAGUUACAAUGAAAGAUUAGGUGGGAUAGCAUGUUUAUAUGUUACUAUUACCAGGUUAAUUUUGCCCUCUAAUAUGAUAGAAACAGCAGCACAUCCAUUACCAAUAGAUUUGUCAUGGAAAAUGGCUAGCCGUAUUGCCAAUAUAAAUGACUUAGCGUUGUUGACCGAUGUUCAUUUCGUAGUCUUAAACUCUUUUAUAGAUGGUUGUGGUACCGAAUUUAUUCAAUGUUAUGGUAAUCAAGGUAUAAAAUUAAUGAGUUUAAUUAGUACUAGCUUGACUUCAUUAGUAGCAGACAAAAAAUUACCAGCUGCUGCAAGAUUACGUAUUCUAUGGGAACAAUGGGAAACCACUGGGAAAUUGGAAGGUUUCCCAGAAAUGGUACAAUAA